GUCAGUUGUCCAACUUAAGCAUUGUAGUGUUGUACUUUUCCUUACUUAACCAAACCCUAUUAACUUUCCACGCCUAUAAAAACAAACUCUCCCUACAACUUCGUUAACACAAGAACAAAAAAAAAUCACGUGAAAUAAACCAAAAGUGUUGUAAAGUUUCAUCACAAGAGAAAGAAAAACACAACCUCAAGAAAAUCAAGAAUCUCUAAUUUUCUUUAAUUUUGAAUGGCAACUCGUGUGGUCCCACAAAAAAUCAUCAAGAAUCUCCGUUACAAAACAACCACAAAGCCACUAAACGCUUCCCAUCCUUCGGCGGCCGCUACUGUCGCUUCUCUUCUCGAAAAACAGCCGGCAACAACACCUUCGCCACCACCACCGUCAUCACAACAAUCAGCGUCGUUUCUAGACUUAAACGACGCUGAAAGACUAUUCUCAGCCGUUCCAACAUCCACGCUGUUAAGAUCCUCAGCCGUUUUACACGCAACGGCUAUAGGACCUAUGGUGGAUGUUGGAAUAUGGGCUAUGCAAUCAAAGUUGUUACAAAUGGGGAUUAUGAAAGAUGCCGUUAUGGCCGUUACAAAAAGAACAUUCUAUGAACAUUUUUGUGCUGGAGAGGAUGCUGUUGCGGCUGGACGGAGUAUAAGGUCCGUUAACGAGGCUGGCUUACGUGGCAUGCUUGUGUAUGGUGUUGAAGAUGCACAUGAUAAUGAAGGGUGUAAUCGUAAUCUUAAUGGGUUUCUUCAUACCGUUGAUGUUAGCAAAUCACUUCCUCCAUCUUCUGUGAGUUUUGUGAUUGUGAAAAUCACUGCAAUAUGUCCAAUGGCAUUACUAGAAAGAAUAAGUGAUCUUCUAAGAUGGCAACAAAAAGACCCUUCAUUCAAUUUACCAUGGAAGCAAGAUUCUCUACCAAUUUUCUCUGAAUCAAGUCCAUUAUACCACACUCCAAACAAACCAGAACCAUUAACUCAACAAGAAGAACAUGAUCUUAACCUAGCAAACCAAAGAUUACAACAACUUUGUCAAAAAUGUGUCGAAGCAAACAUGCCAUUAUUGGUUGAUGCCGAACACACUACUGUUCAACCAGCUAUUGAUUACUUCACAUAUUCUUCAGCAAUUAUGCAUAACAAAGAUGAUAAUCCUAUUGUGUUUGGAACAAUUCAAACUUAUUUGAAAGAUGCUAAGGAGAGAUUGUUUCUUGCAACACAAGCUGCUGAUAAAAUUGGUAUUCCAAUGGGAUUUAAAUUGGUUAGAGGGGCUUAUAUGUCUACUGAAAGUAAAAUUGCUGAGUCUUUUGGUUAUGGUUCACCAAUUCAUGAUAGUAUUGAAGAUACACAUAAUUGCUUCAAUGAUUGUUCUGCUUUUUUGCUUGAGAAGAUUGCUGAUGGAAAAGGUUCUCUUGUUCUUGCUACUCACAAUAUUGAAUCAGGGAACUUGGCUGCUGCAAAAGCAUAUGAAAUUGGGAUGGGAAAGGUGAACCACAAGCUUGAAUUUGCACAACUAUGUGGAAUGUCAGAUGCACUUUCAUUUGGUUUGAGCAAUGCUGGAUUUAGAGUUAGCAAAUAUAUGCCAUUUGGACCAGUUGAGAUGGUUAUGCCUUAUUUAUUGAGAAGGGCUGAAGAAAAUAGAGGCCUUUUAGCUGCUUCUGGAUUUGAUAGGCAACUCAUAAGAAAGGAGCUAGGAAGGAGACUUAAAGCUGCAAUAUUUUAAGAUCAGUUAUGUUAAUCAUGAUAAUAAUAAUCAUGUCUUGUAAUUAGGCAAGCACCAUGAUUUAUUUUUAUUGUGUCUAUAAAUUAGAUAAUUAUGUAAUUUGGUGAUAUUUGAAUUUCAAUGAAAUGAAUUUUGCAUUAUUAUUAUUAUUAUGGUAUUUUU